GCCUCUCAGGUUGAAUGUCAGAGGAAAGGCACUUGCUGGUGAUGGCACAUCUGAAACAAAGGAAUCACCUCUUGUGGUUUGUUUUGGAGAAAUGCUCAUCGAUUUCGUCCCAACUACCAGCGGCCUCUCUUUGGCCGAUGCAUCUGCCUUUAAAAAAGCUCCUGGAGGUGCCCCUGCCAAUGUUGCUGUAGGCAUAUCCCGUUUAGGAGGUUCAUCAGCCUUUAUUGGAAAGGUAGGUGAGGAUGAAUUUGGAUAUAUGCUUGCUGAUAUACUCAAGCAAAAUAAUGUAAACAAUGAAGGGAUGCGUUUUGACCCCGGCGCACGCACUGCUUUAGCAUUUGUUACAUUGAGGAGUGAUGGAGAACGAGAAUUCAUGUUUUAUCGCAAUCCCAGUGCUGAUAUGCUGCUUCAAGUAGAUGAACUUGAUUUGGACUUAAUUAGAAAGGCUAAGAUCUUCCAUUAUGGUUCUAUUAGUCUUAUUACCGAACCGUGCAAAUCAGCACACAUUGCUGCUGCAAAAGCUGCGAAAGAUGCUGGUGUAGUUCUAUCUUAUGACCCUAACUUGAGGCUUCCUUUAUGGCCUUCUGCAGAGAAUGCCAGAGAAGGAAUUCUGAGUAUAUGGGAAACUGCCGAUAUCAUCAAGAUAAGUGAAGAAGAGAUUUCUUUUCUUACAAAAGGCGAAGAUCCAUACGACGAUGCUGUUGUUCGUAAACUAUUCCAUCCAAACCUCAAGCUGCUUCUUGUUACUGAAGGUGCAGAUGGUUGCCGCUAUUACACCAAGGAGUUCAGUGGAAGAGUCCAGGGAUUUAAGGUGGAUGCUGUUGACACAACAGGUGCCGGUGAUGCCUUUGUGGCCGGAAUAUUAUCACAAUUAGCUGCAGAUCUUUCAUUACUUCAGAAAGAGGAGCAAUUGAGAGAUGCUCUUAAAUUCGCCAAUGCCUGCGGCGCGCUGACUGUGAUGGAGAGAGGCGCAAUACCAGCUUUGCCCACAAAGGAAGCCGUUCUCGAAGCCAUGCUCAAGCCUGUAUCGUAAAUUCGCGGCCUAAUCUCUAGUUCUGUGAGGAUCAACUAGUCUACUACUACUUGCUUUUUGUAAAUUCUUAGCUGCUUUGAAAGCGAAAAAGCUACAACGAAUAAGAACUAAUUGUUUCAAUAAUUUGCAAGUUCAUGCUGACUCAAGCAAAGUUUUCAUAUAGCAAGCACUCCAUUCUUGAGUUCAUCCAACAUCAGAGAGCAUGUAUUGCUUUCACUGCUUAACAUAGUGUUACUAUCCAUGUAUCAACAUUCGGUUGAUGUGUCUUGUUAUAUGUACAUAUUGUACACAAGAUAUUGUGUCGAUUCAGAUCUCAUCUACUAGUACACUAUUGAAUGGAACCUGCAACUUAUUUA